ACUGCACCUUCCAUUCCGGUUCCCCUCCUCACCCGCCAAACGCUGGUCCCACCGAGCCAUCCGCUUCGACCUGCUUCCUCGCACAGCGCAUUCACUCAGUGCCCUGCCCGGCCUCGCUGGAUAUGACGCUCUCGACCCCUCAAGAGAGGCUUAUGGGCGUUGAUUUCUCCCAGCGACGCUACUCUUCCAGCCCCGCGGAUCGACGCACAUCGUCUGCUCUGUCCUUUCGCUCCUCUCGACAAUCUCUGCCUGGCCCAAGUGGUCUGGGAUUCGGCUCUGAUCGCAGGGUCCUUUCCGACGAUCGGCCACUGCCUUAUAUCCCUCCCAACGGCAACCAACCCCGCCCCAGGCCACUGGAGCCGCUUCUGGAGUUCGGAUGGAGCAACGGCGAUGCCUCGGGCCAUCAGGACAAUGCUGGCGCUGCAUUGGGAUCAAGCCUGAACCCGGGCACAUACAUCGAAAACUCCUCUUCGCAAGUCUACCCCGAGAUCCUCUCAUUCCUUGAGCAGGAUCCGCUUGGGCAAAACCCGAGCUUCGCCUUCAGCAGCGGACCCAAUAGGAGUAGCUUCUAUGGCGACCUCAUCCAGCCUGUCGACGACUUCUCCACCGAGCAUUCCGCCGUUCCGCUUUCGUCCUCGAGCCUCACUGCCGACCGUGGGCGCAUGUCGCUUGCCAAGGAACUCGGUUUGGAGGAAGAGUCGUCGUCCCAGAGGCUGAGCACAAACGGCUCGCUGUCUUCUGAUGGGCCGCUACGCUACCUAUCGACAAGCAGGCUUGAGGAGAUCAAAGAGGCCGCCAGAAACGCUGCACGUGCCGAAUUGCAGAUGGCAUACAACGAUAAACUGCAGGAGAUCGAUGAUCUUCGCAGCGAUAUCCGACGACAGGAUGCAGUUCAUGAGCAAGAGAUACACGAAAUGUCGCAGUUUAUUUCUGUACUCCAGACGCCGCUUCAGAGAAAACCUCAUCUGCUGGGAUAUAUAUUUGCCGACACUGAGGACCAGGCUGUCCAGGUUGACGCGGCCGAGUUUGCCCCAAUCCCGACACAGAGGACUUGCCGUGACAUGGAGUCAAUGACUGAUGAUUCCAGCAAUGCUCUUGAAGCGCCCGAAAAUGUCGAGCUUCAGGAAAAGCUUCAGCAGGCCCAGCUUGCCCUCGCGACCACUCGCGAAAUCUUGAAGAAAUACCGUCAUAUGAACGAGAAGAAUACCUGGGAAGCGGAGAAGCUCAUGGAGUUUCUGGAAGAAGAGCGCCAGACGCUCAUUGAUGAAAUCAACAGUCUCUCGCAUCAACACCAAGAUGCCCUGAGUCAACUCCAGAUUGUCGGCAGCCGGCUCCGUGAGCUUGAGAGUCAAGUUGGCGGUCUACCACAUGCCCUCGAGGCGGAAUCGCAAAGGCAGACCGACCUGAUCGUUCAAGACCUCCAAGAGACGGUCGCUGCUAUCGAGCAGGAGAAAGCUGAACUGCACGACCGUAUCGACCAGCUCAAGGCGGCAGCCGAGCAGCAAAAGAUCAAGCUCGAUCAGCGCGACAGCCGUGUGCAGGAGCUGAAGGAGGAGCGCAAUCAACUGGCCCACUGUCUGGAAUUCGAAGUCGAGAAUGAGCGGGUUGAGCGAGAAGCCCGUAUCCGACAGCUCAAAGAGGACCAACUUGCACUGCAAACCGAGCUCCAGGAAAAGCAGCAAAUAAUCGAUCGGCUUAUGGAGGAAAAGUCUGUCCAACACGAGCAGGCAGCGCACCAAACUAAUGAGCAGCAGCAAACCAUGCAGGAGCUGCGCGCUCAGAACUUAAACCUUGGCCGUCUCCUGGAAGAUGCUGCUGCUACGACCGACGCUCUCCAACAACAGAUAUGCGAGCUGCAGAGCCAGAAGAACAGCGUCGAAUCAGAUCGAUCCUCUCCCUCUGAUACCGCUCAGCUUCGACAAGAACUCUUGAGUUUGCAAUCACAACUUGCCAGCGAAAGGAGCCAAAACAGCGAACUCAAGUCCAGCAUCGAUCUUCUGAAGCAGGAAAAGAGCGACUUGUCACAGCAGUGGGAGCAGUCUCGGGGAGAAUAUGAAGCCAAGUGUCAACGCUUGGAAGACGAACUUCAUUCGGUCUCCGCAUGGAAACGCGAUCUUGAGAUUUCGAUGCACGGCUACACCACCAAGAACGCUGCGCUGAUCGAAUCAAAUCGUCGACUGGAAGCCGAGGUCGAGUCGCUCACUCGAAAUAAGAGCGGCGUUUCCGGCCAGCUCGAUGCUGUUGAGUGCGAAAAUAGUGAGCUUAAGAAGCAGAUCGGCCAGCUGACCAAGGAUGUCGAAAGCGCCAGGUCGGCAUCCGAUGCUCUGCGGCUAGAGCACGAUCGGGCUCUGGGAGAACUCAACUCCAGGCUUCACUCGUCCCAGACCCUGAAUCAAGAACAAGCGACUCGCAUCGCUGCCCUCGAAGAGAAUAUCUCAGCUUCAUCCAUCGACCGUGCACAGCUCAUUGCUGAUACAAGCGAACGCCUCCAUCAAGAACGGGCGAGGCUACAGAAGAUCGAGGAGCAGUACAAUGCGCUGCAGACCCAAUAUCGACAGCAAGUGCAGGCCAACGAAGCCGCGCAGAGUCGACUGCAGGCCAGCGACACUUUGGUAUCGGAUCUGCAGUCUCAGCUUGCCAAAUCGCAGGCAGAGGUCCAAAAGCUCAACAAGGAAUAUCUGCAACUCAAGGAUCAAGGAUUUGACCACCGUCGAUUGGCCCUUGCCCAUAAAACCCUCACCGACGAACAGCAAGGUUGCCGCGUGCAGCUAAGCUCCGCCCAAGAGGAGCUCAGCCAGCUCAAAGCCGCAUUGCACAAGACCAGUAUCCAAAACGAGUCCCUCAAGAAAGAAAACGAGGGGCUCCACAAAAUGUACUCCAAUCUUUCCGAGGAGAAAAGCCGAUACCAGCACGACUCCAUGAUCUUCAAGGCUCAGCUCGAUGAGCUGACUGCCGAAAUCAAGCGCAUUCGCGAGACCACCGCCAGUAUCACAAAAUCGAAUCCAGCCCCAAGCGCGGCGCAGCUGGUUCCCGUCACCCUUGGAGGCGCAGCCGUUAUUGAGAGCUCACCAGAUGCGGCAGUCCCGACGAGUGAGCGAAUCGCUGAGCUGGAGCGUAAGCUUGCUGACUACGAAAAGGUCUACAAAGAAAACCGCGACUACAUGGAGAAGUACCGAGAAAAGUGCACGGAGGCAAUCGAUGGGUACAAAGCAAAGAACGCCCAACUCAAAGACUACGUCAUGUCCCUCAAAAAUGAUCAUCAAGCAAUUGUUGAGUGCGUGGCUGAGUCUCUCAAACUGAUUCACGACAAUCAAGUUGCCUUCCCGCAAUAUCCCACACUCAAAAUUGCCUACAGCUAUUUAUUGAAAAUCGACAAGAAUUUUGGAGCGGCGAGUAAAUAAAGCCAAUGUUCCCCCUUGGGGUCAAA